CGUGUGGUGGUCGCUUUUCCCGAGGGUGCGUGUGUAGUCCACGGGGGCCGGGGUUGAGACGACGAGCCGCGGGGCCCUGGCUCGCGAGAUACGAUUGCGGCCGCCACGCCCUGCGGCAGUCGAACAUCGUUGCGAGUGCGACUUGCCGUCGUCUCACCUUUGUCACGAAUGUUUCUGCGCUGACACCAACUCACAAGAAGACGUACACACUCACACACACGUUCGGCUCUGUUCGACGCUGAUUUAUGAAUCCUGAAGCUCGGAAUAUCUUCAUUCUGGGGCUUGGUAUUCUUUUCGGAUGGAUGGUCGUCAUACUGAUUUGCGCCUCACCGCAACUGUUCCGCGAUCUGAUAAAACGCAGCUGUUGUUCGAGUUCGGCACGAAAGCAACGUGCGGAGAAAAUCCGAAAGGCGGAAGCCCGAGUGAAAGCCACGCGUGCGCUGGCCGAAAAGCCAAAUUCGUUUCUGCUCGGACAAGUGAUGGUGAUGAGCAAUUUGGCCACCACAAAUAAGGUUAGCUGUGGUUCGAUGCAACUAAAUCUUUUGGAGGAAAAUGAAAAUGGCGAUGAGCCACUCGUUGUUCCUGGACCAUCAAGUGCAUAAAUUUACCAAAUCACCGUGCUUGAAAUCGAAUGAUUAUCUAGAGAUUAUACAUCAUUACUUCGCUAUGAAUCUGCUAUCUGUCACUUAUUCUUUGUAAAAUUCUUUAUCACAUGUAACGCCCAAAAAUCCUCGCGAUUUGUCACUUUUGGCAUUAUCACAUUACACUAUUCUCUUAUUCUUUGCACAUCGCAAAAGUCAACCGGAAGUUCAGUCUCAAAGAAUCGCAACGAGUAUAUUCACUAUUUUUCAAAACCUCUAUUAUUUCGUCUAGCUCUGCCUUUUUCUCUUCUUCUUUCCGAUCUGUGAGAGAGACUGCUACUUCCAGUUGAUGUAUGUUCACUUAUCAAUGCUCUGCUCAAGAUCGAAUCGAUUGUACACGAGUUUAUUUGUACAAAAUAAACAUGACGUC